UGUAUUAAAGCAUGCCAACCUAAUAGAUCCAGUAUGUUUCCAAUUUUGUAUGAAGACACUGGUAAUGGUUUUAAAUGGGCAACAGAGUCUUACAGAUUUCCAUUAAUUGGGAAGCUUAUGUUUCCUUUAUUUAGCUGAGACUUGUUCUUUUUGAUUGGAGUAGUUAAUUUAAUAGUUGCUGAGCCUUAAUCAAUCCAUCACUUUGUCAUCCCUUAGCAUCUCAAUUCUCAACUGUCAGAAUCUCAAGUGAUUGAGUGGGUGAGCCAGUGGGGGAGAAGAUCAACUCAGUGUGUUAUUAUUCGGUUAAACACCAUUUUGCAUGUUGCCAAUUCAAAGCCAAGUGGAGAAGAAGAUCAACAUCUGUCUCUUCAUUAAAAUAUUCUCUCUUUUUUUCAUUCUGUAACUGUAAAAGAAAAAACAAUCAUAAACCCACCUUUAUCAACUCAUCAACUACAAAACAAACGAGACUCUUCUCUCUCACGCUCAGAAUUUUAUCUUAUUUUAAUCAUAUUGGUUCUCGUUUUAAAUAAACGGUCACAAUCACCUCUUGCUUCUUUGGGUUUUUCGAGUUUGUUCUUGACUUGUCUGUGUCUCAAUGAAAGUUGUUCAACUGCCUUCUACAUUGACUCGUCUAAUUCAGUAAAAUAAACAAUCUUUUAUUAAAAAUUCAGUUUUGUCUUUGUAGCGUUUUCUACCGAGGUUACACACUGGGGAGGGUGUUUGAGCAUAUCACUACUCUUCAUUUCUCAGCAAAAAUGAAAAUUUUCAACUUUUGAGAUUGCCAAUGAUGGAUCUGGAAACUGGGGCAUAUCAAAAUAUUGUUAAGCAGAAAGAAUCAUGGAGAACAGUGUUAAUAUUAGCCUAUCAAAGUCUUGGCGUUGUGUACGGAGAUUUAAGUACUUCACCGUUAUAUGUAUACAAAAGCACAUUCGCUGAAAAUAUUCAACACUCAGAGACCAACGAAGAGAUUUAUGGAGUUUUAUCGUUCGUUUUUUGGACAUUAACUUUGAUUCCAUUGCUUAAAUAUGUGUUUAUAGUGCUUAGAGCUGAUGAUAACGGUGAAGGAGGGACUUUUGCUUUGUAUUCGUUGUUGUGUCGGCACGCCCGAGUCAACUCACUUCCUAAUGGCCAGUCGGCUGACGAAGAACUCACUGAGUACAAGAAGAAUUUUGUUGGUUUGGCACCUAAAAGUAGUUUUGGGUCAAAGUUGAAAUCCACUCUUGAAAGUUAUAGAGUUUUGCAGCGGUUUUUGCUUGUAUUGGCUUUGAUUGGGACUUGUAUGGUAAUUGGUGAUGGUGUGCUCAGCCCAGCUAUUUCUGUUUUUUCUGCAGUAUCAGGGCUUGAGCUUUCCAUGUCUAAGGAGCAUCACAAAUAUGUAGAAGUUCCAGCUGCUUGCAUUGUACUGAUAGCUCUGUUUGCGCUUCAACAUUAUGGCACACAUAGAGUUGGAUUCUUGUUUGCACCUGUGGUUUUAACAUGGCUUCUAUGCAUCAGUGCUAUUGGAUUAUACAACAUCUUUCACUGGAAUCCUCAUGUAUAUCAAGCACUUUCUCCAUACUACAUGUAUAAAUUUCUGAGGAAAACUCAGAAAGAUGGUUGGAUGUCCUUGGGUGGCAUUUUGUUGUGUAUAACAGGCUCAGAAGCUAUGUUCGCUGAUCUUGGACACUUUUCACAAUUGUCAAUCAAGAUUGCUUUCACCUCUUUGGUUUAUCCAUCCUUGAUUCUUGCAUAUAUGGGACAAGCUGCUUAUCUAUCUCAGCAUCACAUUGUUGACAAAGAUUAUCGAAUUGGAUUUUAUGUUUCUGUACCAGAGAAUUUGAGAUGGCCAGUUCUAGUUAUAGCCAUACUUGCUGCAGUAGUUGGAAGCCAAGCCAUUAUCACUGGCACUUUCUCAAUCAUCAAGCAAUGUUCUGCUCUGGGUUGCUUCCCACGAGUCAAAAUAGUCCACACAUCAUCCAAAAUUCAUGGUCAGAUCUACAUUCCAGAGAUUAAUUGGGCACUGAUGUUGUUAUGCUUAGCUGUUACAAUUGGUUUUAGAGACACAAAACGCUUGGGCAAUGCAUCAGGUUUGGCUGUCAUAAGUGUUAUGCUGGUAACCACCUGCCUAAUGUCCCUAGUGAUCGUGUUGUGCUGGCAGAAGAAUGUUUUUUUAGCAAUAGCUUUUGUUGUCUUCUUUGGCACAGUUGAAGCUCUUUACUUCUCAGCUUCGCUUAUCAAGUUCCUUGAAGGCGCUUGGGUCCCCAUUGCCCUUGCAUUCAUCUUUCUGAUUGUCAUGUGUGUGUGGCACUAUGGCACUCUGAAAAAGUACGAGUUCGAUGUGCAAAACAAGGUCUCUGUCAACUGGUUACUUAGCUUAGGUCCCAGCCUAGGCAUUGUACGUGUCCGUGGCAUUGGCCUUAUACACACUGAACUGGUAUCUGGAAUCCCUGCAAUCUUCUCCCACUUUGUCACCAACCUUCCGGCAUUUCACCAGGUUUUGGUUUUCCUCUGCAUUAAAUCUGUCCCGGUUCCUCAUGUCAGACCCGAGGAGCGAUUCUUAGUUGGUCAUAUUGGUCCAAGAGAGUAUAGAAUGUAUCGGUGCAUUGUAAGAUAUGGAUAUCGUGAUGUACACAAGGAUGACAUGGAAUUUGAGAAGGAUCUUGUGUGUAGUAUAGCGGAGUUUAUACGUUCAGGAACCUCUGAAGCCAAUUCCAGUGGUACAAUGGAUGACCUGAUGAAGGAUGACAACAAAAUGACAGUUGUUGGGACAUGCUCAACCCAUAUAGAAGGGAUUCAAAUGAGCGAGGGUGAUGUGAACAACCCAGAAUCAGCAGGCACAUCAGAGCUACGGGAGAUACAAUCACCCCCAAUAGCAAAACCGAAGAAAAGAGUGAGAUUUAUCGUUCCAGAAAGUCCGAAGAUUGACAGCAAAGCAAUGGAGGAGCUUCAAGAACUUACAGAAGCAAGGGAAGCUGGGAUCGCAUACAUAUUAGGUCACUCAUAUGUGAAAGCAAAGAAAGGAUCCAGCCUGAUAAAGAAAGUUGUAAUAAACAUUGGCUAUGAGUUCUUGAGAAGAAAUAGCAGGCCUCCGACAUAUGCACUAAGUGCUCCAAAUGCAUCUACACUGGAGGUAGGGAUGAUUUAUAAAGUAUGAAUUUUGUUGUAGAAAAUUCUGUAAAAUUAUCAUGUACAUGAUAUAAUCCAGUGAAAUAAAUUAAAGGGCUAUCCAUUUUAGUGA